GCCAGGGUGUGCAAAUGCUUCACUUUAGAUCCUCCUCUGCAUUUCGAAUGCAUGCAGAUACAAUCUUUUAGUCUGGGAUUGAAGUGUGCAAGUACAGAUGCAUUUAUUUUAUUGAGAAUGCGAUUACAUACUUUAUGUUUCUGAUUUAGGGCAGUUUUAGAUGGCUGAUCUUUGUUGUUUUGAUGCCCAGAUAAGAGACUAUACUGUCCGCUUUUCGACGAUGCACCUGGUUGGAUUGGCCUUUGUCAUUGCCAUUGCGCAUGGACAGGUCCGUUAUUCUAUUCCCGAGGAGAUGAACAAGGGAGCAGUGGUGGGAAAUAUCGUUCAGGAUCUCGGGUUGGAUGUAAAGAGACUGAAAUCUGGAAGAGCUCGGAUCUUUACGGAGGACAGUCGUGAGUACAUCGGUCUGAAUGUGGACAAAGGCACUCUGAUAGUGAGAGAGAGGAUAGAUAGAGAGGAGCUGUGCGCUCAAGUGUCUCCAUGCUCUCUACAUUUUCAGAUCAUUUUAGAUAACCCCAUGGAGUUACAUAGGAUUGACGUAGAAAUUAUAGACAUAAAUGAUAAUGCACCUACUUUUAACAGGAAAGAAAUAAUUAUUGAAAUUCCGGAAUAUGCUGCCAUCGAGUCCCUUUUUUCUUUAGACAGUGCGCAUGAUCCCGAUAUUGGACUGAACACACUGCAGAGAUACACCCUUAAUCCAUCGGACCAUUUCUAUAUGAAAGAAUCAUCUCGGAGUGAUGGCACCAAAUAUGUGGAGAUGGUUUUAAAAACAGCUUUAGACAGAGAGGUUCAGGAAGAUCAUGAAUUAAUUUUAACAGCAUUUGAUGGUGGAAAUCCUCAGAAAUCUGGAACAGUUAAGAUAACUGUCACUGUUCUUGAUGCAAAUGAUAAUUCUCCUGUGUUUAGUCAGCCAAUAUACCGAGUGUCUUUGUCAGAAAAUUCUCCAAUAGACACUGUGGUAGUGACAGUCAGUGCUACUGACAGGGACAAAGGAUCGAAUGGCGAGGUCACAUAUUCAUUUUCACAAAGCACCGGAAAAGAAGCCGUGGAUUUGUUUGCAAUUAAUUCGGAUACUGGAGAAAUAAAAGUGAAAUCUUCUUUUGAUUUUGAAAAGUCUAAGCAACAUGAGUUAGAGUUAAAGGCGAUGGAUAAGGGUGGGCUAACAAGUACCAGUAAAAUGCUUGUUGAAAUUACAGAUAUCAAUGACAAUUCUCCUGUUAUCAGUGUCAUUUCAUUUUCCAACCAGAUUCCUGAAGACUCUGUCAAAGACACAGUUAUAGCGAUGCUGAAUAUUAAAGACGCAGACUCCGGGGAGAACGGACAAAUAAAAUGUACAGUAAAUUCAGAUCUGCCAUUUCGCAUCAAAGCUACAUCCUCUAAUUUCUAUAGUUUAGUCACAGACCGUAUUUUAGAUCGUGAAAUGUUUUCUGAAUUCAAUAUAACGAUCACAGCUACAGAUGAAGGAUCUCCAUCUUUAUCUACAAAUAAAACACUGAGGCUUAAAAUAUCGGAUGUGAACGACAACGCCCCUGUGUUCCAGCGUCACUCAUACACCGCUUAUGUGAUGGAAAAUAAUUCACCUGGAGUUUCUAUAUUUUCAGUAACAGCUACAGACAGAGACUCUGCUAAUAAUGCGCGCAUUUCUUAUUUUUUAGAUGAUAUUAAUGUCAACGGAGUUUCUGCUUCGUCUUAUAUUUCUGUUAACGCAGAGAGCGGGGAGAUUCUUGCUAUUCGAUCUUUUGAUUUCGAGCAAACAAAAGAGUUCAACAUUCGCGUAAAAGCGCAGGACGGAGGAAACCCGCCGCUCAGUAGCAACGUGAGUGUGAAAAUGAUUAUUCAGGACCAGAAUGACAACGCGCCUCAGAUUCUGUAUCCAGUACAAACUGGUGGCUCUGUGGUGGCUGAAAUGGUGCCUCGUUCAGCAGAUGUGGGAUAUCUGGUCACUAAAGUGGUGGCUGUGGAUGUGGACUCUGGACAGAAUGCCUGGCUCUCAUAUAAACUACACAAAGCGACAGACAGGGCGCUGUUUGAAGUGGGCUUACAGAAUGGAGAAAUCAGAACUGUGCGCCAAGUCACUGAUAAAGAUGCUGUGAAACAGAAGCUCACUGUUGUAGUGGAGGACAACGGACAGCCUUCUCGUUCAGCUACAGUCAAUGUUAACGUGGUGGUGGCGGACACUUUCCCUGAAGUGCUCUCCGAGUUCACUGACUUUACGCACGACAAGGAAUAUAACGAGAACCUGACUUUAUAUCUAGUCCUGGCCUUGGCUGUAGUUUCAUUUCUCUUCAUCGUGUCCAUCAUAGCUAUAGUGUCAGUGAAAUGCUACAGAUGGAGACGUGAGCGGAUGUUUUAUAAAUCCGGUGCCAAUCUGCCCGUUAUUCCGUAUUAUCCACCUCUUUACGCAGAUGUAGGAGGAACAGGAACUUUACAGCAUUUGUACAAUUAUGACGCUUACAGAACAACUGACUCUAGAAAAAGUGAUCUGAAAUACACCAGACCUCCUACUGAGAGCAUCAUUAGUCUGGACAGCGGAACUCACACUUUAACGAAUGCAAAGAGGGUUAAAUCUUGUGACGAUUACGAUCAGGUGAGCGUUUAACUGUGUCUGUCUUUC